GAAGGAAGCGAGUCGGAACCAGCGUCUAUGUAUCAAUUGCGUAUGAUGGAUCGGGGUUGAUCUGGACAAGCUUCGAUGGAUUAGAGCACGACCGGUUGAUCGAAGUGAUCCGUCCGGCAGCUGCGCUGACCACGACCAACGGAGAAGGUUGGCCGCGACGGGAAAAGCGAAUAAAGCGAAAAAAAGCAACAAAAGCAAGGGGCAGUCAUGAACGCGAAAAAAGCGACAUUUUUUGCCAUAUCCGAGGGACACAUCACGUGGUGCCUGGUCCCGGUUUUCGGAAAAGGUACACAGCUUCCGUUACUGUGGUAACAGAAACUGUUGUUAUUGAAAUUCCGGACAACAAAAAAACACACACGUCCAUAAGGAAGAUCAACAAAGGCCAGAACAAACGCGUCCCAGCCCACCAAACUCGCGUGUCAUAUCUGAUAAAACGAUGCCUCCAAAGUACUCACUCUCAGGUAACAGCAGAAGGAAAUCUGUUUUCCAAAGUGCCAUCAAUAACUCCUCGUUGAGUGAAACAUCUGCCCAGGCCGUUGAACUGGAGAGGCUAGAACAAGAGAUCACGUUGACGUUACAAGACAUUGACAAGUCGUUUGCGCAGUCUCAUAAGAUCAUCAACGAUAAACUUAUCCCCAUAGUAAAGAAAUAUCACUCGAAUUCGAGAAAAGUGUGGAAUGGCGUGAACUUCUGGAAGACGAUGCUGGAGACAAGUGCCAAUGUUGAGCUUCGAGGCUACGAGGAAGCAGCCCAGGAGGUUUCUCAGAGAAGGGACAUCAGCGACGACUCUGGCGACAUUUCAAUGAAGGAUUCGAACGAGCAAAUGAGCCCGGUGAAGGUGGACACCUUAGGCACAAACCAUGAUAUCAUAUUGGAGUCUACGAACCACACACAAGAACAAUUUCAAAAGAGAUACACUGAUAACCUUAACCGGUCUGUAUCCACAGACAUGUCAACGCCAGAGAAGAUUGCUGAGAAUCCAAUCAUGCCCCAGGAGACGCGGAACAACAAUGUUGGCUUUGAUACCACCGACAGCAUUUUGCCCCCUGUACCAACUGCAAACAUAUCAAACACAAAUAACGGUUCAGAUUUGAACGAAACGACGCCAAGUCUAAGAGACAAAGAGUCUCGCAACUACAUUAUGCAUCAGAACGGUGAUAGUGUUUACAAGGUUGAAGUCUCCCCACGGAAAACCACCGGUGUAAACGAGCCAAUUGUAUCUUCGAUGACACCAAAGAAGCCGGCAUCAAAGAAGAGGAAAUCUAUAAUUGCACAAAAGUUUGACUCCUCGCCAUUUGAUAUCGAGACACCUCAACUUCGAUCAGAGGUACAGUUUAGCCCUGCUAAGAAAUACGAAUCUCCAGUGCGAAAGACUCGUCAGUCGCUCCCUAUGGGAAAUGACGAGACUACACAGAGAUUCCCACUUACUCCAAGGUACGGUGGCGGGGGUAACUUGCUGAGAACUCCAGGACAAGUUGCACAGGCUGCCAAUACAUACUCACAAAACUUCGAAACAUCUAUACAGAGAGGAACAACAGCACCAACUCUAGACGACUCUGAAGAUGCACCAAACAUUUCGCCUCCUGUCACUCUCAACUUUGCCACCGCCGGGAACCCACAAGCCUUGAAACAUACCACAGCAAGAGAAGCUGCACAGAGCAUUGUGAAAGACAUAUUGAACAACGUCAGUGGGAUAAACGACUCAACACACGACCAGUCCUUCCACGAUGCACCUAGCCAUAUCCUUCCGGAACCAACGUCAACGCAGGAUAAACUGGAGGAUUUCGAUGAGUACCUCGACAAAGCACCCAAGGAUAGAGCUAAGAAUCUCGACUGGAGUGAUGACGACAAUUGACAGUCCAGCACCUCGGAUAUCAUAGCAAAUGGCCUUCUACUUGUAGUACUUCAUCUCAUCUCAUCUCAUCUCAUCGAGAGCACUGGCACGUGCGCCUACCAUAAAAUCUCAAUUCAGCCGCUGGAGAAAAU